CUGUACUGAAUGCGUUAAAAAAACAAUUGAAAACAAUAUAUUUUAUUGCUGCCUGGCGUCAUAUAUUCGCGUUUUUAUUUCAAACAGCGAAAAAUAAAACCAUAGCCAUAGAUUUAAAAUGAGAACAUUGGAUAGUACCUAUUUUUUUGUAUUUAAGCCUGACGUUGGGAAGUUUCAAAUUGAAGACGAGUACAUGUAACUAUACGGUAACUUGGAGAUGACUCGUAAAUCAACAGUCUAGCAACAGACUCCUUGCACUGCUCGUUGCAGUGGGGUGAAUAUUUAGAGUGCUCCAUUUUCCAUUCGUACUGAAUAACAUGACGGAACACUUAAAAAAUUUCAGGAGACGGGCCACCCUGGAUGAUCAGCAUUCCAGCUGAAACAUAUUUCUCUCAUCAGAAGGACGACAUAUUCAACUAUUUCCUCUUUACUCGGGGUGGACCCUACUGGCAAGAUGUAAAGUUCUUUCUUUCUAGCCGUGGGAGAAUACAAGACAGCCAGCAUCCUCUCUGGUUAGACAAGAUCAACACUAUUGGCUUUACCCUGGGUGACAAAGCUAAUGGGCCAUUUCAGCUGGAGAUUGACUUCAUUGCUGUGUGCAACAAUCAGGCACACACAGUGGAAUUUGCUUAUGAGAAGCACAAGAAGAAUCUGGAAGUCUACUUUUCAUACUGGCUGAGCUUUGGGAAGAUAUGAAUGUAAAAGUAUUGAAAUAUACUCGAUAUGAACAGACCAGCUGCAAGUGUAUUGGUUUUCAGAACAGGUCUCUACAAGGAGCACUUCCAGAGGGGCAGAAUCGAAUACAUUGAUGUUUAGUUAGAAGUGUUUAUACAUUUACAAGAAAACUCUCUUUCUCUCUCUCUCUCUAUAUAUAUACUGUGAAUAUUUGAUUACAUUGGCUGAAUUUCAUAAAACCUGUGUAAACUGUAGUACAUCAACAUUAAAAAAAACAUUAAAC